CUGCUGUCUUGCCUGCUACGGCCUCUACAGGUUCGGCGGGAUGGAGCGGCAGGGAGCCGGCCCGGGUCGCGCCGGCAACACACGCCAGAUCCUGCAGCAGCCUCCGACUGAGACCACUACGGACGCUGUGCCUCUGCAACGGUUGCUGCGACUGCAGCCGCUGGUGGACAAGACGCCGGCGCGCUCCGAGCGCCAAGUGCUACAGAGCAUCCAGCAGACUGUACGCAGCCUGCCGAUAGACUUCUGGGCGCGGCGGUUCGGCGUCACCUCCCAGAUCAACGGCACGUGCGCCCGCCUACCGGCGCUCUACGACCUCAAGUUCAACAACAUCUACUGGCAAGUGCUUGAGACCAGCAACGGCACCUACAACUUCUACGCCGCGUACUACGACAACCGGCCGACGCUGGCGAGCGGCCCGUUGGUGCGUCUGCUGGUCAUGAUCGACCGACUGCAGCCAACACUGCGUACCCACUGCCAGCUGUGGUUCGAGCAGUUCCACGAGCCCGUCGUCGUGCCCGUGCUGGAGUACAAGUACGUGUGGUACAAGGGCUGGGGCAACUACGAGCAGGGCGUGCUGCAGCCGUACCUGAUGGCGUGCCAGGUGCCGGCGGCGCUGCAGCGGCUCGUGCCGCGCGCCGUCACCGUGGUGGAGCGGCCGUGCGACAGGUCCACGGUGGCGCUGCGCGUCGUCAACAACCGGCCGCCGGCCGGCCGGCAGCGCCAGCAGUUCGCCGUCUGCGUCAAGGGUCUGUCGUUUCCGGACGAGGACAUGUCGGUGCGGCUGGUAGAGUGGCUGGAGACGCUGCGCGCGGUCGGCGCCCAGAAGGUAUUCCUCUACGAGCUGGAGGUGCAUCCCAACAUCUCUAAAGUGCUACGACACUACCAGGAGGAGGGCCUGGUGGAGGUGACGCCGCUGACGCUGGCCGGUGAGCAGCCCAACCUUUCACCACUGCAGCGGCUCUACCUCCGCAAGAAGGUUGUCAACCGGCGCCAGAGCGAGCUGGUGCCCUACAACGACUGCUUCUACCGCAACCUCUACCGCUACGAGUAUGUGGUGCUGCUGGACACGGAUGAGGUCAUCAUGCCGACUGCCUACAUCAGCUGGACAGACCUCAUGACGGCCAUUGUGCCGCGUGCAGACGUCCAGGCCAGGAAGAGGGGCAAGGAAAUCGCCUCCUACAAUGUCCGCAACGUCUACUUCUUCGACGCGCCGGACCACGAGCACACGUGGCACCGCGACAUCCCGCGCUAUAUGCACAUGCUGCAGCACGUGCAGCGCAGCCGCAACUACACCAAGCCGGGCCACUACGUCAAGUGCUUCCACCGCACUGACCGGGUGGUGGCACUGCACAAUCACUUCCCGCUGGCGUGUCUGGGCGGCUGUCUCUCCUACAGCAUCAGCACAGCCGAGGCGCAGCUGCAGCACUACCGGGCCGACUGCGUGGGCCCGCUGCAGGCGACGUGCGAGGCCGAGUACCGACGCGACACCGUGCUGGACACGGCCAUCUGGCGCUACCGGGACGAGCUGACGGCGCGCACCACGCGCACACUGGUCACGCUCGGCUUCCUGCCGCUGGAGGCCGAGCAGCUGGCGGAGCAUUACCAGAGCGGCCUGCUGUCCGGCGCCGGCCGCGCCGCCAGGGCCGUCCGGUGA